AUCAACCACACCGUAAUUAGGGUUUGAAACCAGACGACCUCCACUCACGGUGUUGAACUCUUUGCCCUUUACCGGACACAGGUUUAAGAUUGAGUUAGAGACUUAUCUACCACUCCUUUCAUGGCGUUCCUGUUUCAGAAAUUUCAAAACGCUGUGAAGACUCUUGCAAAAAGUCCCACAUUUGCUAGAGAUCCAAGACACCUUCAAUUUGAAGCAGACAUAAAUCGCCUAUUUCUUUACACCAGCUACAAUAGUUUGGGAAGGCAAGCUAAUACAACAGAUGCAGAGGAGAUCAUUGACUUGGCUAAUAAGGCUUCCCUAGCUGAUCAGCAGAAGCAGGUCCAAGAAAACAUCCACUUGCAGAUUAAAACCUUCUGCACAUAUAUGGAUGACAUUCUCCUUCCUGAUUUAAAAAGCAUAGAUGAGCCGCUGAAGUCAUCUCCAGAAAGUGAUGCUGCUCCUCGCCGUAGUGGCCUGGGUCUUGCUGUUGGCAUCAAUGUUCCAUUGAGCAACUGCCCUGCUGUAGCUGAGACAAAGCCGUUAAAGUGUGCUGAGGUAUCUGAGAGAUUGAAGGAUCUCUUGGGUUACACCCUUGAGCUUAAACCGUCUGGAAUUCAGCACAAGGAAGCUGGCCAAGGUUUGUUCUUAAAUGGUGAAGCAGACGUUGGUGCCGUCAUAGCAUUCUACCCUGGCAUAAUAUACUCUCCGGCACAUUACCGCUAUAUCCCUGGAUACCCUAGAGUUGAUGCACACAAUCCUUAUUUGAUUUCAAGGUAUGAUGGAACUGUCAUCAAUGCACAGCCUUGGGGUGUCGGGAGUGAUACACGUGAGGUAUGGAAUGGUUCAUUAGUUCCUGAAUCUAGUCCAGAAAUGCAUGUUUCGGAAAAAGGUUUGGACCGAAUUUGGAAGAUGCUCAGUAAACCUUUGGAUGGCACACGAGUGGGGAGUAAUGGUGAUGAGCUGGAAAGGAGAAACCCACUAGCUUUUGGUCAUCUUGCCAACCACCCACCUAAAUCUGUACUCCCAAAUGUCAUGGUUUGCCCCUAUGAUUUUCCACUAACUGAAAGGAACAUGAGAGCCUACAUCCCAAAUAUAUCAUUUGGGAAUGGAGGAGAAGUAAGGAUGAAGAGGUUUGGCAGUUUUUGGUUUAAAUCUGGGGGGUCUGGCAAUAACUUAUCAGAUAUUCAUGUUCUGAAAACUCUCGUUCUUGUGGUUACUAAGGCUCUUUGCGAUGAAGAGGUGUUCUUGAACUACAGGUUGAGCAACUCAAAGAAGAGGCCAUCAUGGUAUACCCCAGUAGAUGAGGAAGAGGAUCAAAGGAGGUGGAGCUAAUUCAAAUCUAUGAAAGUUUAUUGUCGAAGUGGUUUCCAGUAAGUUUGUGUGUCUGGUGCUGACUCUGAUGGUUUUUUGCUCUAGUGAUUUACUUUUAUUAUGUGCUUUACCUGAGUUUCUGAUCAGCUAGGAACAAUUUUUUAAGAAAACAAAAAAAAAACUUCCCUUCAAUUAAUCUUGACCAGUAAGUUUGUAGCCUAACAGAGAACUUUUUGUUGGGCUCGAAGGAGCCAUUUUUUUCCUUGUUUUUUGUUUUCCUUAAUCACAAGUGGAGUCA